AUGGCAGACACAGAGCCGAUAUUCUUCUGGCGGGAAAAAGAAUCGAAUGGCUACCUCUGCCAAUACUACCCAGCAACUUUCUGCAACACCGACGACCCCAAAGAACAGCAACAUGAGUUCAAUUGCGCCGAGCAGUGGAUGAUGUACAACAAAGCGUUGAUCCUGGCCACGCCCGAUCCACCUGAAGCACCCAAAAAGCCCACGAAAGGUGCGACUAAAUCAGCUCCAGCCCCAUUUGACGAAGGUCGUCGAAAGCUGCCAGAAAUGAUCCUUGCGGAGAAGCAACCGGACAAGCAGAAAUAUAUGGUGCAAAUUGUGCCGUUCACGAAAGUGGGUAAGAAGAAAUACGACGCUACGAAAUUUCAAAUAGUCGUGGCUGGCAAUUAUUACAAGUUCUCUCAGAAUCCGGAACUCAAGAAACUGCUCAUGGCCACAGGAGAACGAGAAUUAUUCGAAGCUGCGCCGAACGAUCGGACUUGGGGCAUUGGGUUCAAAGCAGAGGAAGCAAAGAGGCAUACAGACAGAACUUCCUGGGGGUCCAACCUGCUCGGGAAUGCUUUGAUGACUGUUAGGGAGAGGUUGCGUGCUGAGGAGGCGGAAGAACAAGGAGAUCCGAAUGUUUGA